GGCCGGGCCCACCCUCUCUAGAGUGGGUCAGGUAACAGCAGUAAGUCCCGAUGGCUCUUUAUCUGCUAGCCUUGGGUCCUGUUUUCUGAGUGCCUGUGUUGUUUGUUUAAACAGAUGUGUGGUACUUACUGUAUGUUAGGCAUCAAGGACCUGCAAAUAAUUUACACCUUUCCGACCAAGCAGCCUGGGCCCAGAGAGGUGGGACCACCUGGUGGAGUCACACAGCAGCAGGGCAGCGCUGAAAGUCAGUUGUACGUUGCUGCAGUGUGCCAGAGCAGUGGCCCAGGUAGUUAGUUCCCUCCUGAGAAGCCUGAGUUUGUAAACAGUUCCGACAGCACAGGUGUAGGUGGUAGAGGUAUGGAGCAGAGGAGGACAGAGCAGCUCUGGAGAUGCCCAAAUGAAGAGGAGGCCCUGUCUGGGCCAGAUUCCAGUGCCCUGAACCCAGCCCUGGGUACUGCUCUUGAAUCCCCCAGCAGAAGGGGCUGGGGCAGGGCUGCUGGUCUGGGCUCCACCCCAGGUCCACUGGAUCUUGGGCAGGGCCUCUGACCUGGGGUGCUGGUCCCUGGGCCCCCACCCUGUCUUGGGCUCCCACCGGCCUCCCUGAUGAGCUGGUACACUGCCCUUUCCCACAGGGCGGCUGCCUCUGGACCUCUGGUCUCCUCCCUGGAGUGUUUCCCCAGGGAGGUCCCCCAGGUUGGCUUGUGGGGAGUGUGGCUCCUGCCUUCUGGCAUUCAAGUCCCAGAAGAGCCGCACCCACUCACACCCAGCUCCCUGCUGGGGGCAAAGGGCACCCUGCCUGGGCUUGUCCCUGGAGCCGCGCCAUGGGGGAGGGCGCUGCCCUCUGCCCAGCCCUGUGGCCGGCUGCUGUCUCCAGGCCUCCCUUGGCUUUGGGGCCCUCUCUGGUCAGGCGACUGUGAUGAGGCCUGGGCUGUUGGACUAGCCCUCCUGGACAGAGCUGGGUAUGUCUUGGUCUCAGCCUGACCUGUAGGUAGAGAAGGGAUGGGUGCUGGGCAAAGGGCCUGGGCUGUGCCCCCUGGCUUGCUGUGUCCCUGGGCUGUGGUGGCUCUUCAGCCCUGCGUGGCCACAGCCAGCCCUGAACACCACAGCACAUGGGGAUGUCCAGUGUUCGUGUCACAUAAAUGACUGCUUCCACAGGGGACAGGAAAUGGGAAGAGUGGGCGUUUCCUCCUGUGACGGUGACCCAGGGGUGGGUGGUCAGGAGGGCAGCUAAGUCAGGUGGAUGUGUGGACAGUGGACAGCAGAGCUGGGGUGGACGAGCACUGAGAGGGCCGCCUGUGGCCCAGGGAGAGUCGGGACUCUGGUGGUGCCGGGUCCCACUGGAGGGUCGUGGAGAGGCCCAAGCAGUGUCCACGGCAGGGCUCCACGUCCCUCCCUGGCCUCUCCAGCCUCUCUGCCCUUCGCCAUCCUGACCCUGGUGAAUACCCCGUACCAGCGAGGGUUCUACUGCGGAGAUGACUCCAUCCGAUACCCCUACCGCCCGGACACCAUCACCCACGGGCUUAUGGCCGGGGUCACCAUCACAGCCACUGUCAUCCUGGUCUCAGCUGGGGAAGCCUACCUGGUGUACACCGAUCGCCUCUAUUCCCGCUCUGACUUCAACAACUACGUGGCUGCCCUCUACAAGGUGCUGGGCACCUUCUUGUUCGGGGCGGCCGUGAGCCAGUCCUUGACAGACCUGGCCAAGUACAUGAUCGGCCGUCUGCGCCCCAACUUCUUGGCCGUCUGCGACCCAGACUGGAGCCGGGUCAACUGCUCGGUCUAUGUGCAGCUGGAGAGGGUGUGCAGGGGGAGCCCUGCCAACGUCACCGAGGCCAGGCUCUCCUUCUACUCGGGACACUCCUCCUUCGGGAUGUACUGUAUGCUGUUCUUGGCGCUGUAUGUGCAGGCGCGGCUCUGCGGGAAGUGGGCGCGGCUGCUGCGGCCCACCGUGCAGUUCUUCUUGGUGGCCUUCGCCCUGUACGUGGGCUACACCCGCGUGUCUGACCACAAGCACCACUGGAGCGACGUCCUCGUCGGCCUCCUGCAGGGGGCGCUGGUGGCCGGCCUCACUGUCCGGUAUGUCUCAGACUUCUUCAAAGCCCGACCCCUGCGGCCCUGCCUGGAGGAGGCGGUGGAGCGCAAGCCCAGCCUGUCCCUGACGCUGACUGUGGGCGAGGCCUCGCACAACCACCGUGGCUACCCGGUCUCCUCCUCCUGAGCCAGGACCUCCAGGGGACCAGCUGUGGGCCAGCUCUGCCCUGGGCCCGGGUCAGCAGGAGGACAGACAGGCCCCAGGUUCCCAGCUAGUGCCAGUGGCAAGCAGUGCGCCUGGGGGCCAGGCGUCCUGUGGGCUGUCCUCGCUGCUCCUUGAGGGGCCCCUCUUAGGCGGGGUGGGGAAGGGCCUGGGAGCCAGGCACCGGGCUCCAUGGUGGGUUUGCACGUGGGUCUCUAAUGAAGCAGGCAUUGGUUGAGGGCCUGGCUGCCAGGCUUCCUGCUUCUCCCUGGCCAGCACAGGGCCUGAGCGGAGGGCGGGCAGGACCCCAGGGCUGCAGCGGGCGGGAGGUCUGGCGGUGGAGACAGCAGGUUGAAUGCAUUGAGGGAAAGCUCACCCCUAGUGCACAGCAGGCACCUGGGCCUUGGUGGCCUGAAAGACCAGCCAGACUCACUCCCCUUCCUGAGUCCUGCCCUUUCCCCUCCUCAACCCUGUGUGUGCCCCCAGGCUUCAGAGUCUCUCCACCUGGGACGGGGUCCUGCCUUCUGAACUGCCCCACCAGCAACACCCUUCGCUCCUGCACAGACCUGGGUUCCAGGCCCUGUGGGAAGCACGGUCCAUGUCUUCCCUGUGCCCCCAUGGGACUCUGGCCUGAGCCCUGCAGUGCUGACCCUCUGCCGACAUAGCCAGUUCUGAAGCCAGAUGCUUGGCUGCUGCCUCUAAGCCAUUUCAGAACUUUCUGGGCUGGCCUUUUCAG